AAAUAAAAGUAGAUACAAUGAAAGGCUGUGAAAUUUCACUAAGCUAGUAAAAUGAUAAAACCUGACAAAUAUUUUGCGCACAAUUGUAAUUUCCGAAACGCGGUGAAAUAUUUCAUUUGAUAGAUAUAUAUAUACGUAUAUUGUAUGUUUCAUAUAUAAUGGGUAAUACACAGGCAGGUGAAAAACAUACGAAAACCGGAAAGUCACCGGGGAAGGGGAAACAUUUCAUAAGAAAUUUAAACAGGAAAAGCUCAAAUAAGGAGAACAAGAAACAUGGUCGUAAAAAAAGUGUCGAUAAACGAGAGGCGGCUGAUAAAGAUUUUGAUAAAACAUCUGAAUCUGAUAACAAUGAGACUAUUGAGGCAUUCGAUAACGAUAUGGUCGAGUGCGUGUUCAAAACAUCGGCAAGGGACGAGAGGGGCGUGGAAAGAUUGAGUGUGCAGUCAGAGGUAACGGUGACCAGGUGCGAGUCGCAGCGGGCGGAGCGGUCACCGACCCGCGACCAGUUGCCCGCCGCCGUUGUCUCGCCCGCGGAUCCAUCCUCCUCCGACUCAGUAUUUACGGAUCCCUUAACGCCGCUCGCCGUCGAGCUCAACCAGUGUUACUACUCCGCAGAAAGUGACAGUGCACACGACGAACUUCCGCACACACUCACGCCAUCUUACUUUGAUGCGCCCGCGCAUAUCGGUCCUGCAUCGACUGAAACUCGUCCCUCCGUAACGGAAAUGUUACACGAUGACACCGCUUCACUACUAUCAACAAAUGAGAUGAUGGAAAAAGAAAUAAAAAGUGACGUCUCUGACAUUAGUGACAGAAACGAUAAUUCAAAGGUUAUGGGAGCUAUAUUAUCAAAGUCAACGGAGCAACCCUUAGAAAAGGAGAAUGAAUGCAACCAUGAUUUUCUCGAAAACCGGUUAAAAGCUAGUCCGGGGCAAACAUCGUUUACGAUAUCCAGGCAUCGAAAAGUAGAACUUCCUCCUGUUGCCGCCGAUUCUUCACUUAACAUUUUAGACAACGAAGACUGUCGCCAUUCGAGUGUGAGCGACGUGCCGAUGUCAGACUCAAAUGUGCUACGAAAAGUCGCUUCACUCACCCUCGACAAACACACAGAGACAAAAGUUGUACGCCCCAAGUUUGUACCCGAAAAGUUAGAUUUUCAAAUUUAUGAAAAAUUUGAAGGUCAGAUGCUUCUCAACUGGUUUCUUUCUUCUGUAUCGGAAGAUAGUCAUUUAAAAAACCUAAUAAGUUCUCAAGAUCUGAAAAUACUUGGUAUCCAAUACUGCACCCAUCUUCUAGCUGCGGGUGUGCUCAGGCAAAUAUCUGAUAAAGAUGCACCCACUGAGAACAUUUUUAAGCCUAACUUAAUGUAUUACUGGUCACAUAUGGAGUUGCCAGCAUCACAACCAGUCACUCCAGGAAGACUAGACAUGUCUUCCUGGCCUCCCGAAAAUCAACAAAAAGGUCUAAAUCAAUUUACCGAUAUUUGUCUUGUAGAAAAUCAAUAUAAUAACCAAAAUAAUGAGGACAUUAGUGACAUAGUUGAAGCAAAACUUGUGAUUUCUGAACUUAAAAAAAAACUACAUCAACUAGAAUAUGAACUAGAAAAUUACAAGCUAAAUAAAGAGUUUGGAGUCAUAAACAAAAAUUUACAAAAUUCUUUCAUGUCAAUACCAGAAAACUUAUCAUGUAGGGACAAAACAGAAUUCAUCAAUAGAGAGGUACAAACCAACGCUACUAAUGAAAAUAAUAGGCAUACUAAUAAACCUGUGAUAAAUACCUCUAAAGAUAAUAAUCUUUUAAGGGCAAGUGUAAAUAUGGAUUCUAACAUAGGUUUAAGUAGAAUAGGUAACAAAAGUGAUUUAAUUUAUAAUGAAGAUAAAGGAGCAAAACUUGACUCAAGAUCUGAAAAAAUAGAGAAUUAUUGCAAACUGAAUAAAUGUCGGGAACCUACUGAUUUACAUAGGAAUGAUGAAAUUGGUUGUAUAGAAACUGACAAUAUAAUAAAUGGUGAAAAUGCAAAAGAAAUAUCUACUAAGGAUUUAAACUACCUCAUGGAAUCUUUAGAGGGACCCAAAGUUAAUGUUGCAAGUGAAAGUUUAUCUGAGGUUUCCUUUUUAAGUUCAGUUUCUGAAUUUAUCAACAACAAAACUGACAUAUCUUCAAAUUUAGUUGAACAAGACAACGAAAUCAAUAACUUGAGUAUUGUUAAAAUUGACAAUAAGUGUAGUGAUACAUCUCAUCAGAUACCAAAGUAUACAUUUACAGAACAUACAAUGUUACCUGAAAAAGAUAAAGAAUCACCAUCAGAUAUAAUUUCAACUCAAGCAUGUUUUGUUAAUAAUGUGUGUCCAUCAGACAUUAAUUUAUGUCAACCUGUACCUCCUCCACCCCCACCGCUUCCUGGAAUGUCACCGUCUCCACCCCCUAUGCCUGGAACAAUUAAUAUUUCAGAUGAUAUUUUAGAGACACAUAGUAUUGUAAAAACUUCUUUGAAUGGAAUGGAAUCUACAACUUUAGAAUCUAAAACAUUGUCUCCUCUGGAGAAUAGAAGUUUAUAUGAAAGUUCUACUUUAGACCCAAGCUUAGAAUAUUUAAGAGAAAAAAAAUCAACAGUCGAAACAAUAGAAACUGCUGAACAUUCAUUACCUAACAUGGUAGAACAAGAUAAUUCAAAAAAUAAAACAACACCUCUUUCAUCACUUGGAAAGACACAGCCAAUAUCUGACAAGGUUUCAUUGGCAACAUCACCAACAAAGUCAAAACCUGUAUCUAGUACGGUUCCAUCACCAUUGCCUUUAAGCAGCAUAGGUCUUCCACCGCCCCCUCUACCUAGUAUGGCUCCACCACCACCGCCUCUACCGGGUAUGGGUCCCCCACCGCCGCCUCUAUCUGGUAUGGCUCCGCCACCACCACCUCUACCGGGUAUGGGUCCCCCACCGCCGCCUCUAUCUGGUAUGGCUCCGCCACCACCGCCUUUACCGGGCAUGGCUCCACCCCCACCGCCUUUACCGGGCAUGGGUCCGCCACCACCGCCUUUACCUGGCAUGGGUCCCCCACCACCGCCUCUACCCGGUAUGGGUCCGCCACCACCUCCACUUCCUGGAAUGGGUCCGCCACCGCCGCCACUGCCUGGAAUGGGUCCGCCUCCUCCUCCUUUAUCUGGUUUAUUACCAUCUGGACCAACUACACCUGGCAUUCCUUCCACACCAUCAAAUACAACAGCAGGACCACUUCCAUUUCCAGCUCCUCCAGCUGGAGGAUGGAAUAUGCAAAGAGCAACACUAAGAAAAACGCCUAUAAAGCCUGCAGCACCUAUGAAACCUUUAUAUUGGACACGAAUUUUGGCAGCUCCUGUACUGCCAAUGUGUCAAGGUGAGGUGUCAGAAUCAACAGGAAUGAAACCAUUAUGGCUAGAAAUCGAAGAAGCAAAAUUAGACAAUAUUGAUGAAUUCACAGAUCUGUUCUCUCGACAAGUGGUCAAAGCACCUGUGAAGAAAAAAGUUGAAGUGAAAACAAAGAAAAUACAGCCAAUAAAAAUUUUAGAUAGCAAAAGAUCUCAAAAUGUCGGUAUACUAGCUCAGAGUUUACACGUUGAAUUCUCGGAAAUAGAAAAUGCUAUAUACAACUUUGAUACAUCAGUAGUCAGCUUAGAAGCGUUACAACAGAUAUAUGAAUUGCGAGCAUCUGAAGAAGAAUUGUUCUUAAUUAAGGAACAUAUGAAAAAUAAACCGGAUAUACCAUUGGAUAAACCUGAAGCAUUUUUGUAUGAAUUAUCUGGAAUUCACAAUUUCGCUGAAAGGAUCUCGUGUUUUACAUUCCAGGCAGAAUUCGAUGACGCCGUUAAUACAAUAAUGCACAAAUUAGAUAAUUUAAAACACACAUGUGAGUUUCUCAUGACUAGUGAAUCUCUGAAGCAGUUGUUUGCUAUAAUUUUGGCAGUCGGUAAUUAUAUGAAUGGUGGAAAUUGUCAAAGAGGCCAAGCUGAUGGAUUUGGUCUGGAGAUACUUUCGAAACUAAAAGACGUGAAGUCGAAGCAGUCGAACGUGACACUGCUGCACUUCAUCGUGCGCACGUACAUGCGAGCGUGCGGCGGCGCGCUGGCCAGCACGUGCGCACUGCCCGUGCCCGAGCCCGGGGACGUGCGCCGCGCCGCCGCGCUCGACUUCGCCGACGUCGCCGACAACCUCGCCGCGCUGCGCAAGAAUCUCGAUGAAUGCAGAGACAAAAUGGAAAAAGUGAUAGAGGCGUAUGCAUUGCAAAAAGAUGACGACGAGAAUGGAUAUGGAGAAAAUGCAAAAAGACUUGAGGUUUUUAAAGACAAAAUGACUACAUUCCUUAAUACAGCCGAAGAAAAACUGAAGACUGAAAAUGAGAAUAUGUGCGAAUGUCGGAAUAAGUUUAUAGCAACUGUAAAAUUUUAUCAAUAUUCUCCUAGAUGUGGCAAACUAGACGACUGCGAGCCAAAAGAGUUCUUUUCGCUGUGGACUACUUUUUGUAGUGAUUUUAAAGAUAUAUAUAAAAAAGAGGAACAAAUAGCUAUAAAAGAAAAGCUAAAAGAAACAAAAAAACUUCAGUGUGAAAGGCGAGCAAACACUCAACCAAAAAAAGAAGGUGGACUAAAAUCUCGUCUCCAGAAAUUAUCUAGUGCUCGAAAAUAAAUCUAAAUUAAUUCAAUAUCCAUAAAAUAUAAUGUUUAAUAUUAAUAACGAAUAUAGCUUUAUCCACUGGGAUCUGACAUAUGGUUACAUUUUCUCUGUUUAAAAAUUAAGAAUUUAUAACAAUUGUGAAUUUAAUGAAUCAUUAAUAUGAUGGAAUAUUUUUUUGUAGCCUAUUUAAACAUCUUGGUGAGGAUUUUCUGCAAGAUUCAAAAUUCGGAAUUUAAAGAUAGCUUAGUUACGACAAACUGAUCAUUU